UAUACAUCAAUCGCAAUGGAAGGGUGACUGUACUGGUUUUAAACCUAUCGCUCUGUAAUAUAAAUAAGAGUACAAAAAUCGUACUCUUCACAAUCACUUGAAAUCUAACAUUACGGUUUGCAAGACUUGAGAAAUUGGCAAAAUUAAAGAAAAAGUGAAACAUGAAUAACUUGUCUGUCAACACACAGGCUAUGCUCGCAGCAUUGAGUAUUGGUCUCUUUGUUUAUUACGUCAUCAAACGAAUGCGAUAUCGUCUGCCGCCAGGACCAUGGUGCAUACCACUUGUUGGCCAUUAUAAAAUUUACUCUUCUGUUGAAAUGCACAAGAAAGUUGCGGAGCUCUCCAAAGUGUACGGUCCUGUUGUGCGCCUGUCUUUCGGUACACAAACUUGGAUUUUCCUGAACAAUAAUGACGUUGUAAUAGAGGCAUUGAUAAAAAAGAAGGCAGAUUUUGCUGGAAGACCAAAGUCACCAUCAACUGAUGUGAUAACUGCUGGAGGCAAAGACAUAGCGUUAAGUACUUAUUCACCAACUUGGAAACUUCACAGGAAAAUAGCUGGCAAAGCUCUAAGGAACUAUUUACAAGGGACACUUCUUGAAAAUAUGAUACAAGACAACAUGGACAAAUUUCUAAAUAAAAUGGCACAGGAAAAAGAUCCAUUCAAAUUUAAAGACUACGCAGAUUUGAUGGUGUACCACCAACUCUACACAAUUUGUUUUGGACAGAAACGUCCGAUUGAUGACCCGGAAGUAAAAACACUUCUUGAACUAGAUGAAGACCUGAAUACUUCUUUGGGUACUGGAUUCAUAGAGGAUUUAGUGCCAUAUCUCAAAGACAUCUGCCCUACUGCAAAGUGGAAGAAUUUUGUGAAAGUCUCACACCAACUAACAAAGUUAAUAAGCACUAAAUAUAGAGACCACGUAGAUACCUAUAAAUCAGGUGUCAAUAGGGAUUUCAUUGAUAGUCUGUUGGCGGCAAAAGAAGAGGCGGAGAAUGAGGGAGACGAAUCCGCUCUGGAGAAGCUGGACGAUACACGUUUAAUUCAAACCAUAUCAGAUAUAUUUCUAGCUGGUGUGGAUACUACAAGAUUAACAAUGGACUGGUUUGUAUAUUUCAUGACCAGAUUCCCGGAAAUACAAACCAAAUGCCAGGAGGAAAUUGACAGCGUUGUUGGAGCGAGACACCCAUCAAUGAAGGAUCGUAAUAAAUUGGACUACAUAGAAGCUUGCUUGUUUGAAAGUAUGAGACUUGGAAGUGUUGCAGGACUUGGUGUACCUCACAUGGCCAUUUGUGAUUCACAAGUUGGGGGAUAUGACAUUCCAAAAGGCACCACAAUCUUUAUAAACCACUGGGCUCUUCACAAUGACCCAAAGUUCUUUAAAGACCCGAAAAAAUUUGACCCAUAUCGUUACCUUGAUGAAAACGGGAAAAAGAAGCCUGCACGACCCGAUAGUUGGCUUCCUUUCUCAGCUGGCAGCCGAGUUUGUUUGGGAGAAGCGGUCGCCAAACCUGAAAUACUGCUGAUGUGUGCAAACCUUCUUCAGCGAUUUGAAAUCCGUCUCCCUGAUGGGGAGAGAGCAAAUCCUGAAUACAAGCAGCUGGGAUUUGGCACAGAGCUCCCAUCUGAGUAUAAAGUCAUCGUAAAGGAUAGGGUCAUCAAUUAAUUAUUCGUGGGAUAUGUUAUCAUUUAUUGACAAUAUAAGAGGUUCAGAAAGAAUUUCUUGCAUUUGUAUCAGAAAGCAUGACUUGAAAGAAAUGGGACUAAAAAACGCCUUGGUAACUCACCAAGUAUUUUGAACAAUUGGUUCAGAAUUGAAUAUAAGGGUUUACUUCUAUGGUGCUCCCGAGUCUCCGUAAAAAUGUUAAUGAAACGUGUUGACAAUUUUUUUGCAGGUUUUCUAGCCUAUCUUUGGUCCUCUUCCUACAUUUUAUUCUUUUUUGCUCAAUUUUCAUGGAAAAAUUACUUUAUAACGUUUGAGUUUUAUGGAAAAAAAACAAGUACGCUUUUAAUGGAUUUAAUGGUGCAAGCUGCUCCGAAGCUAGAGUUUUUUUCUCGCUGUUGAACUGGAAAUAAGAGUUAAGAUGUUCAAUAUACUUAAACAAUUAUGGUCUAAAUGUCCAUUUCUAUUUUAUAAAUUACAAUGUUUAUCUAAAGGAAAUGGAUUUAAAACUUUAUCAUGUUCCCUCAAAAGUUUGAGAACACACUCUUUAUCUUGUUUUUUCUUCUUUUCCUUAAUUUUUUUUUAUUGUCUAUGAGUUUUCUCUGAAAAUUAUUUAUCCACAUGGGAGAAUACUGUUGUAGGUUAAUAAACAUGUGUGAAUGUGUAAACGCAUAUAAAAUGAGUAAAAUGACAUUUGAAUGAAGAUAUAUUCGACUAUAUUUUAUGAACUGCUGUAAAAUUUGAUUUAUGAACAAAAAUAAUUUUAAUAAAAUGAAGGAUAAUGUACCCUCUAUUGACUCUGAGUGGCUGAUUCUAAAUUUAUUUACAACUUCCUUGCUUGACGACAAAAUAAUUUGACAUUUAAAAUAAAUUUAUUAUAUUGAUUAUGGUAUGUUACAAGAGGAUAUAUACAAAAAUUAAAAAUAUGUAUGAAAAAGUCCAGAGAACACAUGCAUA